CAGCUCCCCUUCUUUGGGGACGCGUUGAAUUCAUAAAUGAAAGAUGUUGAGUGGCUCUACUCUACAAAAUCAUCGUAUUUAAUUUUCGUAUUUGGUUGUUGGAAUUUUCAGGUACUUUAUAGGUACCUACUGACAUAAAUACUCUCUGAUGAUGCAGAGCUAGUAUUUGCAGGCCUUCUGUGGUUUUUAAAGAAAACACAAGGCCUAAAAUGGCAGAAGAGCCAAUGCUCGGGCUCUUCGAUGGAGAAACAAAUUUUCUCGAUGAGCUAGCUGGAACAGGUCCAAGCGAUCUGGGGCCACCUCCUGGAAUGGGUGAUGGAAGUAUAAUGGGAGGACCAAACUCAGGAAUGUUAUCACUACAACAUAUGCAGCAGGGGGGACAAACACAGCAAGGUAUGGCGGGUACUUAUCAAACAAGUAUGGGACAGGAUGUUUCUGGUUAUGGAAUGCAGCAAAGUAUGAUGGGCCAUCAGCAGUAUAGUGAUCAGUAUGGCCAGUACCCCAAUCCAAUGUCAAAGAUAAAUCACAGUCAAGGGAUGAUGAUGGGAGCAGGGGGUCAACAAGGACCAUUUAGCCCAAACAUAAUGAAUCAACAGGGUGGAUACCCUGGUUACAACAUGGGACCCCACGGACACUCUCAGCAGCAGCCUAUAUCUCAAAUGUCUCCUAUGAUGUCAUCUUCCUCAGGAUGGAAUCAGACUCAAACUAGUCCAAACCAGCAGAGUCAACAACACCCCCAAUCUCAAUAUUUAUCGCCAGGUGGUCCUCAGGGUCAAAUGUCACCCUACAUGAAUCAAGGAUAUCACCCACAACAAAUGUCACAAAUAAAUCAGUAUAACCCGGCAAGUAAAAUGGCAGCUCCUACAUCUCCGUAUAUGUGCUCCUCAAAUCCUAUGCAGGGGGGUAUGGCUAGUCCACCUGCAUCUAUGAAUAUGAUAGGUUCAAUGUCAGUUCGAGGUACACAUCCUAAUUAUUCUCAUCAGGUACCAACACCUUCUCAACAUAACUCUAUGUUACAAGGUGGUUACAACUCACAAAUGAACCAAGGAAUGCCUGGUCCAAACACUUCACAAUAUCCAGGGGAUAUGAUGUCUUCGCAUGGACCAAACCAAAUAAACUCAGGAAAUAUGGGACCACACUACCCACAAUAUACCGGCAGCCAGCAAACUAGACCUGAUGGCCCUGGUGCCAUGCCUCAUUACACAACUCAGACAUCUACCACAGCGUACGGCCCACCCUACCCAACUAUGUCUCAGGCCAGACCAAGUAGUACCACACCGUCCCCACGACCAACCCCUCCACCUCAGUCAAUGACACCUAACCAUAGCAACAACUCUCAGGGAACUUAUGGACAGUCUAGCCUCCAGCAGCUAGAACAGCUGGUCUCACCUAAUAUGGCUGGGUCAAACCCCUAUCAGCAGCUGAUGCAGCAAAACUCCACCUCACCUCCAGGAGUAUCGAACAUGCAAUGUCAGCAGCAGCAGGGACCUAUAUAUAGUACUACCAAUUUCCCAACAACUACUGUUUGCUCCACUGUUUCUAUGGUAACAGGGGGAAAUGUUCAAGCUGGAAGUGGCUGUAAUUCUAACCAAAGUCAUUUAAACAUGCAAGGACAAUUGACUAUGCAAAAUCCCAGCAGUAUGGGAAACUACCCUGUUGGGCCAAUUAGUCCAAACCAGGGUUUAAUGCCUCCAGGGCAAGCAGCAAUGGAAGCUCAAAGAUUAGAGCAACAGUUACAGCAGCUAAUGAAUAUGCCUCAGAACCAACAAGUAUCUCAGCAGAUGCUUGACAUUCAAGAGCGAUUAAGAAUCAUUCGCCCACAACACCAAAUGCAUUUGCAGCCCCAACAACACCACCAGCAAAUGCAACAGCCUCAUCUACCAGGGGGAAAAAUGCAUAUGCCACAACAAGGUCAUAUGAUGAAUCAAGCUCAGCAAAUGGGACAAGUGAGACCUCUGAGAGCAGCAACAUCACAUAUGCAACCACAUUUAAAUGGACAGUCAGUAAUGCAGCAACAGCAGCAACAGGUUUACAUUAGAGGGCCAGGUCUGGGGGGCAUGCAGAUGUCAGGAUCCAUGUCCGUACCAUCACCUCAGAAAGUUCAACCGUUUCAGAGCCCAAGUUCAACUAGCCAGAUGGACACCAGCCAGCAGAAGCCAAUCUCCAAGGCUACACUGGUGACCAUUCAGCCGGCAGACUCUUUGACAAUAGAUUCUGGGCCAUCCUUCCCAGACAGCCUUCAGAUGAGCCCAGAUGGGUUUCAUAUUCCAUUACUUGAUCAGCUGACAGAGCAAGAACUGUCUUCUACCCAGGACCAGGAAAUAUCUAGAUCUCACAUGUCAGGUGGUCAUAUGGUUGUGUCUUCUGAUUCCAUGCCCACAACUAUUACAGAAAUUGCUGAGGCCCAAGAGGGUCAAGGUGAAAAACCAAAGAGGAAAAGAAUUAGGAAGUCAAAAUCAGAUAAAUCAUCUGAACCUGGUGUAGAAGGAGAUAUAGAGAGUCCCACAAAAGAAAAGAAAAAAAGGAAACCUCGGGAACCUAAACCACCAAAGGAGCCUAAACCUCCUAAAGAGCCUAAACCUCCCAAAGAACCCAAAGCUAGAAAACCACGAGUUCCCAAGGAACCAAAAGAGCCCAAACCACCAAAAGAACCUAAGCCAAGAACACCUCGAAUCAGAAAGAAAAAAGGUAAAGAAGAAAACCUUGAUGAUACUUUACAGCCAGCAAUUGAUGGAGAAUCUACUAUAAUAACCAGUGAUACUUCUAUUCUUGGGCUUGACUCUACCAUGGACGCAAGCAAUAUUUCUGUUGGUUCUGUUACAACAGAGAAUGCCGUAGUAUCUACAUCUAUAAAUGAAGAUGAGCCCCCUGAUGGUCUAGUAGAAAAGCAAAAGACCCCUAAAACAAAAAAGCCUAGGGCUCCUAAAACAUUGAAACUAAAAACUCCCAAAAAGAAAAAGCCCCCAGCAACACUCUUGCUGAAGAGCAAGAAAAGGAAGAGAAAUAAUUCUGGAUCUGAUGUUGAAAUGAAUUUAGGCGAGGGUGACACAUCUUUGGACAUUGACCCAAAUGUUGAAAAGCGCAGGUCAUCUAGGAAUACAAAAAGAACAAAAUAUGUUGAUGACAUUGACCUUAACUUGUCAGAUGAAGACAAGAAUGAUGAGGAUGGAGGGGGAGAUGCACCAGUGACAAUGAAGAGAAAUACAGAGGAGGAUACUCUGGUUGUUGAUAAAAUAUUGGGUGAGCGGAUCCGCCGGUCGGACAAUGAUAUAGAUAAAGUUAAAACCGAUGGGGACACUGAAGAAGAAACAGCAGAGAAGAAAGAAGAAAAUUCAGAGAAAAAGGAAGAAGAGGUGGAGGAGUUCUAUGUAAAGUAUAAAAACUAUUCUUACCUUCAUUGUGAGUGGAGGACCCUUAGUGAACUGGAACGAGGGGACCGUCGUGUGUUAUCUAAGAUCAAGCGAUAUAGAAUGAAGAAAGCUCAAAGUUAUUUUGAAGAAGAUGAUGAUGAAUUAUUCAAUCCAGAUUAUGUUGAAGUUGACCGUGUGUUAGAUAUGAUUGUUUCAAAGGAUCCUGAUACAGAUGAAGAAACUAAACAUUAUCUUGUCAAAUGGAGAGCUCUUGCUUAUGAAGAGGCAACAUGGGAGCUUGCUCAAGAUGUAGACCCUUCAAAGGUUGAGAUGUUCAUGAGAUUUAGAGAACCUCCACCUGAGGACCAGAGAAAGGUCUUUGCUCGCCCAAGGCCUGGCCAGUGGAGGCAGCUUGAGGAAACUCCAGUGUAUAAAAAUUCCAACACACUUAGAGAGUAUCAGUUGGAGGGUGUCAACUGGCUGACCUUUUGCUACUACCAUGGUCAGAACUGUAUAUUAGCAGAUGAGAUGGGGCUGGGUAAAACUAUUCAGAGCAUAACAUUCCUCAAUGAGAUUUAUAAAUAUGGGAUAAAAGGUCCAUUCUUGGUCAUUGUUCCAUUGUCAACCGUGGGAAAUUGGCAGCGUGAGUUUGAGACAUGGACUGAUAUGAAUGUCGUUGUUUUUCAUGGAACAUCAAUAAGCCGCAACAUGAUAAAAGAAUAUGAACUUUUCUACAAGGAUGAAAAUGGUCAGCGUAUACCAGAUAUUUACAGAUUUGAAGCCCUGAUUACAACUUUUGAGAUUAUCCUGACUGACUUUAACCUGCUUGUUGACAUUGAAUGGCGCUGUGCUGUUAUUGAUGAAGCUCACAGAUUGAAGAAUAAAAACUGCAGGCUGCUUGAAGGAUUAAGACUUUUUGAUCUGGAGCAUAGAGUACUCCUGACUGGUACCCCUUUACAAAAUAACACAGAAGAGCUAUACAGUUUACUUAAUUUCUUGAGCCCCAACAAAUUCAAUAGCGCUGAGAGCUUUGUCAAGGAAUUUGGAGACCUCAAAACUGAGGAGCAGGUUGAAUCACUAAAAGAAAUUUUGAAGCCAAUGAUGCUUCGUAGACUGAAAGAAGACGUAGAAAAAAACUUGGCACCCAAAGAAGAAACUAUCAUUGAAGUUGAAUUGACCAACAUUCAGAAAAAAUAUUAUAGAGCUAUUUUAGAGCGCAACUUCCAAUUCUUGGCUAAAGGAGCUUCAAGUGUUCCUAGUCUGAUGAAUACAAUGAUGGAGUUAAGGAAAUGUUGCAACCACCCAUAUCUUAUUAACGGUGCUGAGGAUAAAAUCCUGGAAGAAGCUAGAGAAAAAAAUAUUGAUGAUCCAGAUAUUAUGCUUAAUGCUAUGGUUCAGUCGAGUGGUAAAAUGGUUCUGAUGGACAAGCUCUUGCCUCGUCUAAAAAGUUCAGGUCACAAAGUGCUCAUCUUUUCACAGAUGAUUCGUGUUUUAGACAUCAUUGAAGAUUACCUCAUGCAGAAAAAAUACUUAUAUGAGCGUCUAGAUGGCAGAAUCCGAGGCACAGUGAGACAAGAAGCUAUUGACCGGUUCUCUAAACCAGACUCAGAUCGUUUUGCUUUUCUACUUUGUACAAGGGCUGGUGGCUUGGGCAUUAAUUUGACUGCAGCUGACACUGUUGUCAUCUAUGACUCAGAUUGGAAUCCACAAAAUGACCUGCAGGCUCAAGCUCGAUGUCAUCGUAUUGGACAGAGCAAAGCUGUCAAGGUUUAUCGUCUAAUUACAAGAAAUUCUUAUGAAAGAGAAAUGUUUGACAAGGCUUCACUAAAGUUAGGACUUGACAAAGCUGUGUUGCAGUCAAUGGGAGGAGAUAAAGCUGUAAAUCCCUCAACUCAGAUGACCAAAAAAGAGAUUGAAGAUCUUCUAAAAAAGGGAGCUUAUGGAGCCUUAAUGGAGGAUGACAAUACCGGUGAUACUUUUUGUGAAGAAGACAUUGAUCAAAUCCUUCAGAGAAGAACCAAAGUUAUCCAGAUUGAGUCAGAAGGAAAGGGAUCAACAUUUGCUAAGGCUAGUUUCACCAUGUCUGAGAACAGGACUGACAUUGACAUCAAUGAUCCAAACUUCUGGCAGAAAUGGGCCAAGAAAGCUGAUAUUGAUACUGAACUUAGUAGUAAAAAGAGUGAACUGAUUCUUGCCGAACCAAGGCAGCGUAGACAAACAAAUCGUUAUGGUAAUGAUGAAGGGGUUAUGGAAAUAAGUGAUCUUGAAUCCUCAUCUGGUAGUGAAGACGAAAAAGGCAAUUCAAAGAAAAUGCGAAAAACCCGUAGCCAAAGAAGGAAUCAGGAUGAAGACUUAGAUUAUGCUAAUGAGAUCCCUAGUGACAAGUAUGAUAGAUCAGAGUGCUUUAAAGUGGAAAAACUUCUCUUGGUUUAUGGUUGGGGAAGAUGGUCAGACUUGAUAAAACAUGCACAUUUCAAAAGGAAGCUCACUGAAGAUGAUGUUGUAAUGAUAGCAAGAGCAAUACUUGCUCACUCAUUGAAAUUUUAUAAAGGCGAUGACAAGAUAAAAAACUUCAUAUGGGAUCUCAUAUCUACAGGAAAGGAAGGGGAACUGAAGAAUCAUUGUGGCUUGUCUGCACCUGUUCCAAGAGGUCGAAAGGGAAAGAAGAGAAAAGAAAAUCUAAACUUUCUAGAAGAUCAAGAUAAACCACUUGAUUUUGAUCCAGAAGCUGUUCUAGAUAAUGGAUACAAAAGGCAUUUACAUAGGCAUUCCAACAAAGUACUUCUUCGGGUGAGAUUACUCUAUUAUAUUAAACAAGAGUUAAUUGGAGAGGAAGCUGACAAAGUAUUCCAGAAUGUUCCUCAUAAUGAGAUAAACAUUCCUCAGCCUAUUCUAGAGGGAGAAGUGCCAGUACCAUGGUGGGAUGAAGAAGCUGACAAGUCUCUUAUCAUUGGUGUCUUCAAAUAUGGCUAUGAAAAAUAUAAUUGUAUACGCUCUGACUCUGCACUUUGUUUUCUGGCUAAAUGUGGUCCUCCAGAUGGGGCAGCUCUGUUAGCUGAGCAGGAAGAUGACAAGGAUGAUGAUGAAAAAGAUGAUGAUAUUACAAAAGAUGAGCUGGAUGAUGAUGAAAAUGAGAACUCUCAAAGCUCAGCUAAUGAAUGUAGUAAAAGUGAUAACAAGAAAGAUAGGAAUGACUCUGACGAUAGUGAAAAGACAGAGAAGAAAUCGGAUCCUUCAGCUGCUGAAAGCAUGGACAAAACACCAUCAGCUGACAAUACAGAAGGUGACAGUGAUAAACUUGCUUUCCCUGAUGCUUCAAGCUUGAAUGUUCGGUUGAGAAAAUGUAUCACCAACUAUCAACGGCAUCACAAAAAAAGAAUGCUCAAACACGAACAGCUUCAAAGGAAAAUGGAACGCAGAGAACGGACAGACACUAAUCUCAAAGAAAGAGAAUUUAAGAGAAAGGAAAUACAACAGAGCAUUCGGGUUCAUUACAGUCGCUGGACAAGAAGGGAAGAGGCUGAUUUUUACAGAACUGUGUCAACGUUUGGUGUAGAAUUUAGCAGAGCUGCAGGGCGAUUCAGAUGGGACAGAUUUAGGGAGCAGGCCCGUUUAGAUAGGAAGCCAGAUGAAUCCUUGACAGAGUACUUCCAUGCCUUCUACUUCAUGUGCCAGCGAGUUUGUGGAAAGCUAAAGCCCGGUGACAUUCCACCAAACAUGAUUUUUGUGGAGCCAAUUACAGAAGAAAGGGCAAGCCGUUGUCUGGCGCGCAUUGACUUAUUGAACAAGAUUCGACAGGACAUUUUGAUGCACCCUCACCUGGAUGAAAGAGUUAAACUUUGUCAGCAUUCUUAUGAUAUGCCUAGUUGGUGGAUAUGUGGACAGCAUGACAAAGAAUUGCUGAUUGGUGCUGCUAGACAUGGAGUGGCAAAAACUGAUUUUAAUAUACUGCGAGAUAAAACCCUCUCUUUCCAUUUGGUUCUGGAAAAUUCUUUGAGAUCACUUAGAGGCCAUCCUGCACCAGGAACUCCAGCCCAGGGUCAGAAUCGUUCAGAUUCAGCUGCAAACCUGCCUACACCAAAAUAUGAUAGACUGGAGCAGCUAGUCAAAUCUCCACCUAUUGAUCAACAUGCAGUUAAAAAAGAAAAUGUGAAAGUGGAAGACGGUUCAGUUGCCUCUACUCCCAAGUCCGCCAGUUCAGGUGAAGAUGUGAAAAAAGAGUCUGAUAAAAAAGUUGUGUUAAAAGAAAAAGUACCAGACAAAAGCAGUGGUGAAGAGGAUAGUGGAGUGGGAGAAGACAAACAAAAGAACACCCCAAAGAAAGAUGAUGUUAAAGAUGAAGAAGAAAAGGGUAAGAGUGAUGAGAAAACACCAGAAAUAAGUCAGAAAAAGAAAGACAAAACAGCUGAUACCAAGAGCUCAGCUGAGUCAAAAGCUAUGGAGAAAGCUACUGAUGAUGAAGCGUCUAAAAAGCCUGAAUCACCUGCUCCAACCGAAUCACAUAAGAAACAAAGUGAAGAGAGUGAUUCUGAAAUGCCAAAACUGGAGCCUUUAAAAACUGAAGAGGAUAUUCCCCCAGUGAAAGUAAAAUUACAAAGUCCUAAAAAGGAUGAAGAAAAGCCCAAAGUGAAAACAGAAAACACAGCAAUUAGUGGUGAAAUAAAAUCAGAAGAUAUAUUGAAAAAGGAAGACCCAGGUGAAGACACAGAGGAAGAUAAACCUGAUUAUGUCAAAUUAAAGGAAAAGAUAAUCAAAACUGAAAUAGAAAGAAUUAAUGAAGAAAGAUUAAAGAUUGAACGGGACUUAAAAGCUGCUGAUAGGGAAAAUUUGUCCUUAACUGCUGGGCAAUCUGGUAUUUUUGGAGAUGAUCCCAGUUUAAUGGAAGUAGAAGGCUUAGAGCCAGGUGAGAUAGCACCAACUCGUUAUUUUGGACCAGCUGUUGAAUGGCCAAAGGACAGGGUGAUAUUUCAUCGCUUGGAACAUGUUUGUUAUACAAUAGAACAUGGAGAGUGGCCCUUUGCUCGUAGACCACCACAGGCUUUUUUCCCUCCCGGCACACCAACACAUGCAGACUCCCGCAGUGAAACUCCAGUCAGCGCUGUCAUGAAGUCAGACAGUGCUACUGGAGCUGAGUCAGACCAAAGUGAAGGUGUACCUAGCUCUGAAGUGAGCAAUAAGGUGAUGAUGGCUACUGGGUCAGAUGUGACCUCAGACAGAGAAUUACAUACCCAAAUCUCCCCUGAGAGAAAUGAUAGUCUAAAAAUGACAUUCCAUAAACGCGGUCGUGGAAGAGGAAGAAAAUAUGAAAUAGAUCCUGAUAAGGUCAACCGCAUUCAGCAGUUACUCAAUCAAAGUGCUACUGGUGCCUUGUCUAGCGAUGACAGUCAGUCUGAGUCUUUAAAUGCAGGACACAGUUCAUCUGCUGCCUCCACCCCAUCAUCACACACUCCACAGAGACAUUUGCCAACAUCACCUCUUGUCAAAUCUUCCGCUCAUGUCUCUUCAUCGCCGCUGAUGCCCAGUCCAUUGCUAAAUGGUACAAGUUCUGCUAAUAUGGAACAUUCACAACUGCAGAGACGUAUGUUGGAGCAAGGCAUGUUUAUACCUGAUAGAAAGAGGAGGGGCAGAAAGAGGCGAUCAGAAAAAAUAGCAGAGUUGGCCAUGGCUGAAGCAAUUGCUAAAAGGGAACAGACACGGAUCUUAGCCAUGUUGGACCCGGGAACAAGAAUUCCAAUGAUAAACUUGGAGGAUGGCAGCGUGUUGGGAGAUGAAGAAUGUCCAAAGAAGGGUGAUUUAGAAGAGUGGAUGCAGCAGCACCCUGGAUACAUGAUAGACAACAGCAUCUGCCUUCUUGACCCCUACUUGUCUGAAGUCCAGGCAUCUAUAUCUACUGGUUCUGUUGCUAAAGGCUUCAGUGCAGCUGGUAGCAGCCGUAGUGGUAAUGCCAGUUCUAAUUCCUCUAGCCUCCCCAAUAUGCCAACACCUUCUAUGCCAUCAAAGGGAGAUGAAGAUGAUGCCAGCCAAGUAGUGCUGAAUACACCUGAGAUUGGGCCGGAAACAUUUGUCAGACGUAGGGGCCGCAAACCUCAGCUGGAUCCUAGAACUCUGAAUCUGGAUCGUCUAACAGGAGAGGAAAAUGUUGCAGUGGUAGAGAGGGGAUCAGGAAAGAAGAUAACUGGAUCCAAGGCUCCCCCUCUGAAACAUUUAAAAGAAUGGUUGGAUCAAAAUUCUUCUUUUGAUGUAGAACCCAAAUGGGGUGACUUGGUUAGGGCAAAGGGUGUGUUGCCUAAGUCAAUGGACAGUCGCAUUUUGAAGCCCUCAGGACGUGGGCGUAAACCUCGCGACUCUAUGCUCCAUUCACAGAUGAUGGCAGGAGAUAUGCCAUUCCCACCUGUCUCACUAGCAGCUCUCUCAGCCUAUCAAGGGGCAGCUGGACUAGUGGGUAGUUUUCCUAAAUUACCCCUUGGACUUCCAUUUGGACCAAUGGCAGGACUACCCGGUCUGCCAAAUCCUCUGUUAGGUCUUCAGAGUUUAGGCCUGGCUGGCAUGGCCUUCCCUCCUCAUCUGGUGAAAGCUAUGGAAGACGAGCUAAAGGAAAGAGAAAAGGAAUACAAAGAAAGAGAAAAGGAAUUUAAAGACCGAGAAAAAGAAGAGCGGGCUGGUAGUAGUAAAGAUGGAGAGAAAGGUAGCAGAAAAAGCAAUAGUUCAAGGGAUGAAGAUAGCAGAUCCAAAAAGACUGAUAGUAAACAUGAACAAUCUUCUACCUCCACACCAGGUUCAAAGAGCACAUCUGCUGAAUCUGCUCAUCCUUCAUUCCCACCCUUCUAUUUUAACCCUCUUUUGUAUAACCCACUUCUUGCAAACUUUCCAUUGCCUCCUGGUUUAGGAGGCAUACUGCCUCCAGGGUUGGUGAUGCCCCCUCACUCAGCGCCUUCACCUGUGAAUGGCCAGCAAGAGUCCAGUAAAAUAGAUACACCCAGUAGUAGUAAACAUCACCACUCCUCUCAGCAUUCACAUCACCCUGAUAAAAAAAGAAAGCAGCAUCACCCUCAAGAUAUUCCUCGUUCAUCCCCAUCCAUUCCUCAAGCUCAUGCAGCUGAGGACCUCUCAGUCAAGAGACACCACACAUCUUCCAUUUCACCCCCAUCUUCAUUGCAAGCUCAGGAUCUCUCUUUGAGAAGAAACAGUGAGGAUCGCCCUCCUUCAUCUUCUUCCCAACCUGCCCAGGAACAGGCCACUGACUUGUCAAUGAAACCAAGAAGUUCUGCCUCUGAAAAAUCAUCCACAUCCUCACCAUUAUUCCCUAAGGCACAGCCUGCUACUGUAUCAUCUUCCUCCCCUUCUGCAGCAAGCCUUAAAGUUCCAAGCAAAAACAAAAUUCAAGGCUCACUUAAGUUGAAUAGAAUUUUAGAUUCCCUCAAAGACAGAGUACUAAAAAAUGACACUGUUAAAGACAAGCCCUCAAGUGUAUCUGCUGAGUCGAGUAGUAAAGAACCAGUUGAUGCCUCAAAGUUAAGCAGUCCUGAAAAUCCUGUACCUCAGGAAGAAACUGAAUGAAAUUUUCAGACAGCUUUCAGCUUGUAAUCAGUUCUAAGGGGCAUUAUUAACAAAUAUUGUAAACUUCUCAGAAACUUCUUAUCAAACUAAGUUUUAUUGUUUAUACUCCUAAUGCUGCUUGUAAUGCAUAAAGCAAUGAGUUUUUAAACAUUCUGUUAUAAUUCUUGAAGAAAACAAAUUUUAAUGUAUUUUUUUUCUUGUAUAUAGAGUUUAUACUGUGAACUUUCAACCAUUGUUUUCUAUGUUUAAUAACUUUGUUCUUUGUCAGUCUUGACAAGGGAGAUAACCUAGUCAGUCUCGUUGUUUAUGUUGAAAUCUUCACUAGCAAAAGUUCUUCAAACUUCAUCUCAUAUUACUGUAAAUACACAUUCACUUGAGGUUUCUGAGAAGUUAAGUGUGUGCUGGAUAAGCUCAUAAUUUUUAGACCUAAUUUAACUGCUGAUCUUAUCCUUCAUAAAGUGGCAAUCUUUUAAAAGUAUUGUACAAAAAUUAUCAAGCUGGUUGGAGAAAGUUAGUAACUAAGGAAUGAGUGAUAGCAAUAUAAAUUGAAAUUUGCAAUACACAUAAUUUUGUUGUUCGUUUUCCGGGUAUUGAUGAACUGGUGUUUUCUUGUGUAUAAUUAGAAUCUAAUGUUACAUUUUUGUUUGCAUAGUUGAAUGGAGAUUAUGAUAAAAGGAACAUAGUUUCUUCUCCUGUUUUAGUUGUAAACAUUUUAAGAUAAUUUUUUAAACAUGUAUAUUGGCAUUUUUUUAACAGUAAGAGUUGUAAAGAUGUUUUAACUCUAGAAUAAUUUGUUUUUAUAAAAUGUAGUUGGCAUUUGUUGAAUAAUUUAUCUUAUAGGAAUAAUCAAUUUACUGUGAUUAUUUUUCUUUUAUUAGCAGCAAUUUUAAAUUAACAACUAAAACUUGUGCAAAAGCAAUAAUUAACUGUUUUUGUUAAGAUCAUUCAAUUUUAUAAUUUGUUUUUAAAAUGUACACAAGAAAAAUCUUUUACAGUGGGAAAAUUCUAUCUAAAUGAGACAUUAGUUUUUUGUAUAGUGAAACAAAAAUUAAGUUCAUGCAUUUUCACGGCACUCAUGCCAAAUUUUCAAUUGCUCUUCCAUAACACCAUUCACUCUUUUGUUACUAAAAGUAAGCAAUCAAUCACUGUUUCUCUGGACAGGUGUAGCAAUGUAAAUUUGUACAACCUUACCUGGUGUUGCUUUUGUCUGCAAUGUAUAUAGCAGUUGAAACACGAAUGCUUUAGUUAAUAGAAUACACCUAUAAAAAUCACUUAAUUACUGUCAGAUAAUUUGAAAUUUGUAUGUAGUAGCUUUUAAAAUUGUGUAAAUAGUUUGUUGCUUUAUAAAACAAUUGUAUUGAUUGAUUGUAAAUGUUAAAUUGUGCUCACUAUAUAAUUCAUGUUACCUGCUUUGUUACAAUCUUUCCUUUGAUACUGUUUAUGGUACCUCAGCAAUGUAGUUUGACAGUUAUUUUCUCAUGGGAAUAGGGUUCAUGUUUAAUGUUUGAAGCUAAUUUCUUUCUUGAUAAUAAUGGUUGAUGCUCCAUGAUUAGCCCAUAACUUUGUGAACCAACAAAUAGUUCGCUUUGCACAUUUUUUAUGGGAAUAAAAACAAUCGGAGGAAUUAGCUUUUUUUUU